AUGGGCAAGCAUACCUCCAAGCAAUCUUCCUCGAAGUCCAAGAGCUCCGGCAGCAGGCCAUCCAACGGGAAUAGCUCCUCCUCGUCCAGCACCGUGCCGGUCGACCGACCGUGGCAGGACGCAUCGCUCCACAGAAGCCAAACGACGGCAACGACCACGGGGAGCCCCGGCAGUUUGUUGGGAAGGUGGCUGACGGAGCCGGCUCACCAGGGACCGUUCAACACGAUCGCCGAGGUGCCGGCGGCCGGAUCGGCGGCGGGGCAUAUUGACGGACGGCAGGGAUCCGGGGCCUCGGCGACGUGUGCCACGUCCCAGCAGCAGCCGCGCUGA